AUGGGGAAAAACAAAGAGGGAACUAAGUGUUUGGAGAAUCCAGGCAGUGAGGGCAUGAGGUCGGGAAGGGCCAAACUGGCUGGCGAUGGGAAUCCCGGAGAACGGGAAGCCGGGGCGGGGCGGGGCGGGGCGAGGCGCCCGGCGGGCGGCCCGGAGGCGGCGGCGGCGGCGGCGGCAGGCGGGGGCGGCGGCGCGGGCCGCGGGCGCCGCGGGGGCCCGGGCUCGCCGGCCCGCGUCCCCGCCCUCGGGGCGGGCGGAAGGGCGGCGGCGCCUCAGCUCCCCGCGGCGGCGGACUCGGGCGGGCUCAGCCGAGGGGUGGGGACCGCGGGGGGCGGGCGAACUGCGCCCCGGGCCCUCGCCAGCCUCCGCCGGUCCCGAAGGAACGGGGACCCGGCGGACGGCCCGGUGCAUGCGAAGCGCGACAUGGCGGCGAGGCUGGUGUCACCGCGGCCGCGGCCGGAAGGGGGCGUGCCCGAGCUCCCGCGCAGGCGCGCCACUCGCUCGGUCCUAUAUAAGGGAGGUCCGGCCGACCGUCGUUCUUUCUGCUUUUCGGCGCCCUUGGCGGCGGUUCUUCCGUGGUGGGAUGCGCCCGCCUCGCGGGGCCCGUCUCGCGCGCGGGGUGAGCGCGGCCCGGCGGUGCGGGAUGGCUGCGGGGCCCGGAGCCCGCCGUCGGCGCCCCGGGGAAGCCGCUUCCGGACCGCGGCCCCCGUCCGUCUCCUGACCCCCUGGUUUGUGUCCAGGCUUUCUGAUGACAACCUGACUUGGGAUGAAUAGAGCAGCAUGGAUUGCAAGAGUAGGGAAGUGACCUGAUGGGUCGGGGCCCCAGGUGCCACUGUCCUGUGAUGCUUUGCCUUGCUAGCUAAACUGUUCCGCGACAAAUAAGGUGUUCCCAGCUAAGACCUGUUGGAAGAAAUCAGCUGUUGUGAGUUAGUGGCGCACGAGUGUGUACUGCACUGAGAGCUCCAUUUCUCCCCUGCCUUGGAGAGAAAGAUCCAUGGGUUCAUGAUCUGUAUUUUGCUACUGGAAAUAAAAAAAAUUGUGCAAACA